CCGGCCGGUGAAUUCCGGUCUUCACCUUCGGUUCCGCGCUCCCGUCGGGUCCGAACGCUAGCAACCGCUCGUUAGUCUCGAUUCGGAGUCUCGGAUCUAGCGCUUUUUGACUCUCUCUCUCUCUCUCUCUCUCUCUCUCUGCGUUUGCCGCUUUCGAUUUUAGAAAUGUGAGGAGCUCGCCGUUGUUCUAGAAGUCUCGCGUCUGUCGGGUGAUCUUCCGGUGGGUUCCGGUUGGUGCCGUUGGCUUCUAAUUGGAUGUCGUGGUGUCGUGUAAUUAGGGAAUUCGUGUUUGCGGGAGCUGAUUGUCGCGUUCGCUGGGUGGAUUCCGUCGAGCGAUCGCGUUCUCCGUUUUGGUUGUCUUUUCCUUUGAUGUAGCGAUGGGGUUGUUCUGUGCAAUCCGCGCUGCAUUGCGCCGGCUAGUGGCGCAGAAACUUUGGAAGGCAAAGUGGCGUGCUUUUUGCUCGAGUUGAAACUUGGGAUGGGCUUGUUUCAGGUUUUCCAGUGGGGAAUUGGGGGUUUUCUGGUGUUGUCCAGUGUCUUGAUCAUGGCGAUUCUUCUGUGUAGAGCUGGGCGAUUGCUUCUCUCUCGGCUAAUGGUGUUGUUUCUCUGUGUGAAUAAAAUAUAGUUAAGAGGUGGCGCGUUUGCAUAGGUGACUGUUGAGAUGGAGGCUGAGGAAAAGUGAACUUUUUUCUAAAUUUCCUUGAAGAGGUGGCCGUUGAACGGUCGAGCGGAUUCAAUUUUAAUGCUUUUCUUUUGCAUCUUUCUUCCAUGUCCACAGUUCAGGCGGAUCAGGAAGAAUGAUGGACUGAUCUGUUUGUUUUCACAGCUAGCUAUUCUUGUAAUUGUGGGGCAUAACAUUUCUACUUUCGGAAAACAUGUGAUUGAUUGGCAUCUUGUAAUCUUAGCUGAACAAUUUUUCUUAUGCACAAGUCAAAUUUAUAUUGCUCAAAAAGAUUAGGAACCAAUUUGCCCUUUGGAUUUAUGCUCCUCUUCUUGUUUAUGGGGAGGGCUUGUUUUGUGCUUCAGAUUUGCUGCUCCUACUGUUGUUAUCAAGGGGAUGCAAUUGCCUGACCUUCAUUUUCUCUACAAGGGGACAGUGAGAUAAACUUUUCUUAUUGCAAUUCUCAAGAUAGAUCCAUGGCAUUCGAGCAGUACUUUGCCCAGGAGUGGAGGCCCAUCUCUGGACCAGCUAUGGAUUCUGGAAGUAGCGAUGGCUGUUUCGACUGCAACAUCUGUCUAGACUUUGCGAUUGAGCCUGUGGUCACUCUCUGUGGUCACCUCUACUGCUGGCCCUGCAUCUACAAAUGGCUCCACGUGCAAAGCGCCUCGCUUGCUUCUGAUGAGCACCCACAGUGUCCCGUCUGCAAGGCUGAAAUAUCCCACACAGCCAUGGUCCCUCUCUAUGGGCGUGGCCAAAGCUCCAAAGAGUCUGAUCUGCAAGACAAGGCACUCCAACUAGGAACAAUUGUACCCCCGAGACCAGCGGCUUGUGGCAUCCAAGCUCUCGCCUCUACAACACCCCGCAGUGGUCAGCAGCUCCCCUACCGUAAUCCUUACCAAAAUCCGUACUACAGCGCCAAUUCGUUUGAAGAAGAUUCACCAUCACCAUUCCUCAGCAUGGGAUCCGUAGGCCUCGACCACUCGAUGGUGGGAAUGUUUGGGGAAAUGUUUUAUGCAAGAGUCUUCGGCAAUUCGGACAGCCUAUAUGGUUACCCGAAUUCAUAUAGGUACAUGGGAGGAAGUAGCCCGAGGUUGAGGAGGCAGGAAAUGCAGGCGAAUAAGUCGCUGAGCAGAGUAACUUUCUUCCUCUUCUGUUGCUUCCUGCUCUGUCUAAUUGUAUUCUGAGCUCGGUUGAAGCCGGUGUUUCCAACCCCUCACCCAUUUUGUAUACUUGUAUAGCGUAAAAUGAAUCUUAAUGGUACUAGUAGACGGCACGUCACACGGCUUGCACUAGAGAAUGACUCUUUGUUACAUAUUGAGAGAUGGAUUGCUAUAGACAAAACAUCAUGGUCUUCGUGAGCGUGUCAUCAGCGACCAUCUUGUGCUUUAACUUCUA